AUGUGCGACGAAGACUCUGAUGAAGACGGUCUGGACGAGUGUUUGGAGCAGAAGUUUGAGCACAUUCAGCGCACCCGUUAUGCCACAAGGUCGUCUCACUAUCUGAAGCGAAAAAAAUGCUGGCACAAGCUACUUUACAAUCGCGAGCACACGUCUGACGCGGACUUCUUAAAAGACUUUCGAAUGAAGCGCUCAGCGUUUUUCGGCUCGCUUUACAAGGGCAUUGUAGCAGCCUUUCCACAUGGAAUGCUCUGGAAUACACUACUAGCACCAAACUAA